CGCGGCCAUGGAGACGGGCCGGGCGUCCGUGGUGGCCCCGGCGCGCUGUCAUGGCGCCCCCGCGGCCCCUUCGCCACCGCCCCGGAGCUCCCGGGCCGGGACCGUGGUGUUGGUGACCCAAGGGCCCCAGGUGACCAUGGCCACCUCGGCUCCGGUCACCCUCGUGGCCCCUGGGGAGGCGCGGCCCACUCGGGUCCAGGCGCCCAACCAGACGACCGACCCAGUCCCGGUCACCACCUCGGGGGUUACCAGCAGCACAGUGGUCGAGCUGACCCUGGAGGCCUCGCCUGCAGCCCCGGCUGCACAGGUCCCCCCGGGCGCCGAGCCCCCGGGGCCCGCGGCGGCAGCAGAAGCUGGGACGGCCAUAGCACCGGCCCCAGGGGCAGACUCCCCGAAGACGGAGGAAACGCGAACGUCUCCGGCCCCUGCUCCAGGGACGCCCACCCGGACCCCCUCCAGGACACCUCCGGGGGCCCUGACUGCCAAGCCCCCGCUUGCCCCAAAGCCAGUGGCCCGUCCUGCCGCAGUGACAGCGGGACAGAUGGCAAGUGGACCGGGAGCUCCAGCACCAGCACCCACCUCUGAGGACCCUUCAGCGCCUGGCGCUGGCCCUCCAGAGACCUGUGAGGCUCAGAUGGCCGUAGUGACGGUGACCCCAGCCCCAGAGCCUGCUGAGAGCACUCAGGACCUGGGUUCCACGUCCAGCCUGGGCCCUGGCAUCCCUGGGCCCCGCGGGCAGGCGCCUGACACGCUGAGCUACCUGGACUCGGUGAGCCUCAUGUCGGGGACCUUGGAAUCCCUGGCGGAUGACGUGAGCUCUAUGGGCUCGGACUCGGAGAUCAAUGGGCUGGCCCUGCGCAAGACGGACAAGUACGGCUUCCUGGGGGGCAGCCAGUACUCGGGCAUCCUAGAGAGCUCCAUUCCCGUGGAUGUGGCAAGGCAGCGGGAGCUCAAGUGGCUGGAGAUGUUCAGUAAUUGGGAUAAGUGGCUGUCACGGCGUUUCCAGAAGGUGAAGCUGCGCUGCCGGAAGGGGGUCCCCUCCUCCCUCAGAGCCAAGGCCUGGCAGUACCUAUCCAAUAGCAAGGAACUCCUGGAGCAGAACCCGGGCAAGUUUGAGGAGCUGGAACGGGCUCCUGGGGACCCCAAGUGGCUGGAUGUAAUUGAAAAGGACCUGCACCGCCAGUUCCCUUUCCAUGAGAUGUUUGCUGCUCGAGGGGGACAUGGGCAACAGGACCUGUAUCGUAUCCUGAAGGCCUACACUAUCUACCGGCCGGAUGAGGGCUACUGCCAGGCGCAGGCCCCCGUGGCCGCAGUGCUGCUCAUGCACAUGCCCGCCGAGCAAGCCUUCUGGUGCCUGGUUCAGAUCUGUGACAAGUACCUCCCGGGCUAUUACAGCGCAGGGCUGGAGGCCAUCCAGCUGGAUGGUGAGAUCUUCUUUGCGCUGCUGCGCCGGGCCUCCCCGCUGGCACACCGGCACCUGCGGCGGCAGCGCAUUGAUCCCGUGCUCUACAUGACCGAGUGGUUCAUGUGCAUCUUCGCCCGCACCCUGCCCUGGGCCUCAGUGCUGCGCGUGUGGGACAUGUUCUUCUGUGAAGGCGUCAAGAUCAUCUUCCGAGUGGCCCUGGUGUUGCUGCGGCAUACACUGGGGUCUGUGGAUAAGCUGCGUGCCUGCCAAGGCAUGUACGAGACCAUGGAGCAGCUGCGGAACCUGCCUCAGCAAUGCAUGCAGGAGGACUUCCUCGUGCAUGAGGUGACCAACCUCCCGGUGACAGAGGCAUUGAUCGAAAGGGAAAACACCGCUCAGCUCAAGAAGUGGCAGGAAACCCGAGGGGAGCUGCAGUGCCGGCCCUCGAGGCGCCUCCACGGCUCCCGGGCCAUCCACGAGGAGCGCAGGCGGCAGCAGCCACCCCUGGGCCCCUCCUCCAGCCUCCUCAGCCUCCCAGGCCUGAAGACCAGAGGCUCCCGGGCAGGCGGGGCUCCCUCUCCGCCCCCUCCUGCCCGAAGGGCCAGUGUCGGUCCCGCCCCGGGGCCUGUGGUCACUGCUGAGGGACUCCGUCCAUCCCUUCCUUCGCCUACUGGCAACAGCACCCCAUUGGGGCCCAGCAAGGAGACACGGAGGCAGGAGAAGGAGCGGCAGAAGCAGGAGAGGGAGCAGGAGAAAGAGCGGCAGAAGCAGCAGAAGGAGCGGCAGAAGUGGGAGAAGGAGCGGCAGAAGCGGGAGAAGGAGCAGGAGAAGGAGCGGCAGAAGCAGGAAAAGAAGGCCCAGGGCCGGAAGCUCUCGCUGCAGCGCAAGGCAGACGGGGUCCCCGCGCCCCAGGAUGGCGGGGACAGGUCCUCGGCCGCAGAGGCCCGGCAAGAUGCCUACUUCUGACCUCUGCGCUGGGGCUGAACUGCAUGGACCCCUUCCCCUCAGCCAAGGAGCAGGCCUGGCCUGGGCUGCUGCCCCAGCCCCCUCGAGGGGCCGAGGGGCCGUCCCCUCAGAGCAAAGUGGCUUGAUAUCCAUCUCCUCGCCACCCGCUGCUCCCAGAGGGGCCACGCUGUGACCUUGCCUGGGGCAGUUGCAGGUCCCUGAGGCAGUCAGAGCAGAUCUGGAGACCAUCACCUCCAGAUGGACCCAGCCGUGGGUCUUACAUACUCCUGCCUGCCAGCUCCCUCUGGGGUCCCCGCCCCGGUGCUGCCCUGGCUGACUUGGUGAAGGGGAGUCAGCAGUUUUCAGAUUAUUACACUCCAGUGGCUUCCCUUCCCUGUGGGGGGCGGGGGGGUGCUGGGUUCCUGUUCCCUCCUUAGGCCUGCCUGUCAUGUCCCCUCAACUGCUCCCCACUGCUCUGCCCCACUCCCUGGCUGGGGCCAGGCUACCCUGCACUCUCCUUCUGGACCUUGCUGUGGCAGUUCUGUACAGAGGACGCAUCUUCUGUGCGUUAGGUCUCCUGCCACAAGGCCCACACCUCCGUGUAUUUAAGGGACACGCACUGGAACGGGUACUGCCCCCCACUUCCCAGCCCACUGCCCUCGGGCACUCGCUCUUCACCGCUUCCCUCCUCCAUGUUCUCAGGCUUCCUCUGCUUUGUCUCACCGGGCCCGCCUUUCACCUCAACUCCUUCCAGCCCUACAAGUCCCCAUCACAGGGGUCUCCCCUCUGAGGCCCGGGGUGGGGGUGGGGAACCCUAUGUUUACAUUCUCUUCUGUCCCUGCCCCCGCCCAUGCGUGUGGCACUUUGAGGAACCAGAAAAGAACCUGCUGUUGAACCUGG